UUUGCCAAGGAACAAGUAACAAGUUGACCCUGCUAGGGAGCGUUGAGGGCCAUUUCGCCAGCCUGCAAAGGAUGUAUAACAACUGUGAGGUGGUGCUUGGCAAUCUGGAGAUCACAUAUGUGGCACGUGAUUACGAUCUUUCAUUCCUGAAGACCAUACAGGAGGUUGCAGGCUAUGUCUUAAUAGCACUCAACAACGUGGAUAGCAUUCCACUGACCAGUCUCCAGAUCAUACGAGGAAACGUGCUUUAUGACAACCUUUAUGCACUGGCAAUUUUAUCCAAUUAUGACACAAGUACAGGUGAAACCAGUGGACUCAGGGAACUGCCAAUGAAACAUUUAUCAGAAAUUCUUAAUGGGGGAGUUAAAAUCAGCAACAGUCCAAAACUGUGCAACAUGCAAACAGUUCUGUGGGAUGACAUUGUUGAUUUGAGCAAAAAACCUGCAAUGAUAUUGGAUUAUCAAGAAAAUCUGACUGAUUGUCCUAUAUGCCAUGCAAAUUGUACAGAAGGACACUGUUGGGGUGCUGGCCAAGAGAACUGUCAGACACUAACAAAAGUUAUCUGUGCCCAGCAAUGUUCAGGCCGAUGCAGAGGAAGGGUGCCCAGCGACUGUUGUCAUAACCAGUGUGCUGCUGGUUGUACGGGGCCUCGCGAGAGUGACUGCCUGGCAUGCCGCAAGUUUCGGGACGAAGCAACAUGCAAGGAUACUUGUCCACCUUUAGUGCUGUACAACCCAACCACCUAUCAGAUGGAUGUCAACCCUGAUGGAAAAUACAGCUUUGGAGCCAUUUGUGUGAAAGAAUGCCCGCAUAACUACGUGGUGACAGACCAUGGCUCCUGUGUUCGCUCAUGUAAUGUCGAUAGCUAUGAAGUGGAAGAAAAUGGUGUUCAGAAAUGUAAAAAAUGCGACGGGCCGUGUAGCAAAGUCUGCAAUGGGAUUGGAAUAGGUGAACUGAAAGGGGUUCUCUCCAUAAAUGCUACAAAUAUUGACUCUUUCAAAAAUUGUACCAAGAUCAAUGGGGAUGUCAGCAUUCUGCCAGUCUCAUUUCUAGGUGAUGACUUCACCAAAACACAACCUCUGGAUCCAAAGAAACUGGAUAUCUUCAAAACAGUUAAAGAAAUAACAGGAUUUUUGUUGUUUCAAGCCUGGCCUGAAAAUGCCACUAAUCUCUAUGCUUUUGAAAAUCUGGAGAUUAUACGAGGCAGAACAAAGCAACAUGGUCAGUAUUCUCUCGCCGUUGUUAACCUAAAUAUAAACUUCCUGGGACUGCGCUCCCUCAAGGAAAUAAGUGAUGGUGAUGUUGUCAUUAUGAAGAACAAGAACCUCUGCUAUGUUGAGACGUUGAACUGGAAUAAACUGUUUGCGACAGAAACUCAGAACACAAAAAUAAGCAACAGAAAGCAAAAUGAAUGCAGUGCUACAGGACAUGUGUGCGACCCCUUAUGCUCAGAAGUAGGCUGUUGGGGGCCAGGGCCAUUCCAAUGCUUUUCCUGUCGUCAUUUCAGUCGCCAAAGGGAGUGUGUGAAAACAUGCAAUAUUAUACAAGGGGAGCCAAGAGAGUUUGAAAGAGACUCUGAAUGUCUUCCAUGUCACCCAGAAUGCUUGGUGCAAAACUCAACUGCCUACAAUGCAACCUGCACAGGGCCUGGUCCAGACAACUGCAUGAAGUGUGCCCACUACAAAGAUGGCCCUCACUGUGUUAAAUCCUGUCCAGCAGGCGUUCUGGGUGAAAAUGAUACCUUAGUCUGGAAAUAUGCAGAUGAAAAUCAAGUGUGUCAGCUUUGUCAUCUGAAUUGUACUCGCGGGUGCAAAGGACCAGGUCUUGAAGGCUGUCCAUUAGGCUCCAAAGUUCCAUCCAUUGCAGCUGGUGUUGUUGGAAGUAUCCUGUGUCUGGUUGUGAUUGCCUUGUGCAUAGGGCUUUACAUGCGCAGGCGUCGCAUCGUUAGAAAGCGCACGCUGCGCAGGCUGCUUCAGGAAAGGGAGCUUGUUGAACCUCUAACACCCAGUGGCGAGGCGCCAAACCAAGCUCUUCUGAGGAUUUUAAAGGAAACAGAAUUUAAAAAGGUCAAAGUUCUAGGCUCUGGAGCUUUUGGUACUGUUUAUAAGGGGCUCUGGAUUCCGGAAGGAGAGAAGGUUAAAAUUCCUGUUGCUAUUAAAGAAUUGAGAGAGGCUACCUCCCCAAAAGCCAACAAGGAAAUACUCGAUGAGGCUUAUGUGAUGGCUAGUGUUGACAAUCCAUAUGUGUGCCGCUUGCUGGGAAUCUGCCUUACUUCUACUGUCCAGCUUAUCACACAACUGAUGCCUUAUGGCUGCCUCCUUGACUACAUCCGAGAGCAUAAGGACAACAUUGGCUCCCAGUACCUUCUCAACUGGUGUGUGCAGAUUGCCAAGGGAAUGAGCUACUUGGAAGAACGCCGCUUGGUCCACCGUGAUCUGGCUGCCAGAAAUGUCCUUGUGAAGACUCCUCAACAUGUGAAGAUCACUGACUUUGGACUGGCAAAACUGCUUGGUGCUGAGGAAAAAGAGUACCAUGCAGAAGGUGGCAAAGUUCCUAUUAAAUGGAUGGCUUUGGAGUCCAUUUUACACCGGAUCUACACGCAUCAGAGUGAUGUCUGGAGUUAUGGUGUCACAGUUUGGGAAUUAAUGACAUUUGGAUCAAAACCAUAUGAUGGGAUCCCAGCCAGUGAAAUUUCGUGUGUAUUGGAGAAGGGCGAGCGUUUGCCUCAGCCUCCUAUCUGUACAAUUGAUGUCUAUAUGAUCAUGGUCAAAUGCUGGAUGAUAGAUGCAGACAGCCGCCCCAAGUUUCGUGAGCUGAUAUCGGAAUUUUCCAAAAUGGCUCGAGACCCUCAGCGCUAUCUUGUUAUUCAGGGAGAUGAAAGAAUGCACUUGCCAAGCCCUACGGACUCCAAGUUUUAUCGCACCCUGAUGGAAGAGGAAGACAUGGAGGACAUUGUCGAUGCAGAUGAGUACCUCGUUCCACACCAGGGAUUUUUCAACAGCCCCUUAUCAUCCCGAACUCCCCUCUUGAAUUCAUUGAGUGCCACAAGCAACGAUUCAGCCACAACCUGCAUUGAUAGAAAUGGGCAGGGAUUCCCUGUGAGAGAUGACAGCUUUGUCCAGCGUUACAGUUCAGAUCCUACAGGCCUCUUCUUGGAAGACAGCAUAGAUGAUGGCUUCCUGCCUGCUCCAGAAUAUGUCAAUCAGUCAAUCCACAGCAAACCACAAGCACCUGUAGUACAGAAUCCAAUCUACAACAACUUCUCUUUCCCAAUGAACCCAAAGCCUUCCACAGUCUCAAACUAUCAAAAUUCCCACAGUACAGCAGUGAACAACCCAGAAUAUCUCAACACCAACCAUUCACCUUUUGUGUCAAUGGUUUUGGAAAGCUCCCGCUACUCAGACCAAACAGCCAACCACCAAAUAAAUCUGGACAAUCCUGACUACCAACAGGACUACUUUCCUAAGGAAACUAAGGCUAAUGGCAUAUUUAAAGUUCCUACAGCAGAAAAUCCUGAGUACUUAAGGGUAGCAGCACCAAAGAGUGAAUACAUUGAAGCCUCAGCAUGACCACAGAAAAACUCUCUUCUUGCAGUAAUACCAGUUAAAAUUCAGAUGAACAAUAUAGCUGCUUCAGGAUCAAACUUUGACCAGACAGAAGAGCAAUUAUUAGUCACUGGCAGAUACACUUUUCCUUUCAAGCCUGUGGGCUGACUUAACCAAGCUUAUUUUACUGUGUAUUUUGGGCUUUUCCUUGCCCAUCCUCAUAUGUAACUUAGGCACAUACCAUAUGCAUACAUGCCUGUUGGACUAGAGCAAGAACUUUCUGCAGAUAAGAAACUGAAGAUGCAUUCCUUUUGUUUUCCAGUGGUGGUAGCCUAAAAAGCCAUUUUGGGAUAAACCGUAAGAAUUCCUUUCUACGCUGCAUAUUUUUAUAAACAUUUGUAAUGGAAUUUUUGGAACUUUUACAAGAUGAGAUGGUUGCUUAUUGGAUUGUUGUGUGACUCUCCAGAAAGGGGAGGGGGGAAGCAAUAUAUUAUUAAAUCGCCCCGAGAAGAUUUUUUUCAUACUGUUGGAAGUUGAAUACUGUUCCAAAUGAUUGGAUCUUAAAUAUUUACUCUAUUUACUGCCUCUUGGUACAAACAGGAAAAAAAAUGUUUCUGGGAGAAGUAUGGAUAUUCUACUUGAUGAAGUGGGUUUUUUUUUAAUGGAACAGAUAGGUGAAAUUUUAUAACCCACAGUGUAUUUAGCACAAGGACUGGAUGGUAGCAUACGUGACCUUACUGACCACUACUGCUAGACACCAGCAGAAAGAACUCAGCACAUGGAAGAGUUGUUUGUAAAUGUUUAUAAAGUACUUGUAAGUCUGUUUUCUGCAUGUUGAAUGCAAGCCUUUCUUCUUUCCAGUCCCUUGGUUAGUUCUACAUUUGUUAAAUUAGAUUUUAAACAAAAAUUUUAAUGAUGUUACUAUAAUUGAAAAAUGAAGUGUUAGUUCCCUCUGUCUCAAUCUCAUUUGAACAGAUUUUCCAGAACGAGCAAAGAAAUGCAAAAGAUUGUUAACUGGCUUAUUAGUGAGAGAGCUGAUUAUCAGAAUCCAGCUACACAACAUUUAUAUGUGGCUAAGAUAGAAAUGCCAAAAGUGCAACCCAAGGAAAUGAGAUGAUCUGGUUUUUUUUUAAAGUUGCUCAGUGAAAAAACCUUUUUCCCUGUAUAAAAAUCCCAAAGAAAAGGGGGGAGGGGAAUACAUCGAUAUACUGUUAAACUUGUGGCAGACUAUUGCCAAUUGCUGUAUUGCUAUGUGGGAAGCUGUUGUCUCUUGGAUGACUAUUGCUGUUGUGUUAGGGUGGCCUUUAUUGCUAGGUAUAAAGGAAAUACGGUGAGAAUGAAUCAGAGGAAAAAGAAUAGGUUGAAGUGUUUGAAUGCAAUUGCAUAGUUUAGGGGGCUCAACCUUUUUUGUACUGCAGCCCCUUUCUGACAAAAAGUCUCUUGAUCUCAGGAGAAGGGACUGAAGCUAGAGCCUAGGCAAGAGGACUGUAACCUGAGCCCCAGUGUACCCUGGGACUUUGGUCAUGGAUGGUGGAGCUUGGGCAGAAAGUCUAAUGCCAGCCCUAGGAACCCCAUUAAAAAGGAGUCCCGAUCCACAGUUUGAGAACUGCUGGCUUAGUUUAUUCUUCUGAAAUUGGAUGCUGGAAAUGCUACAGGCCCCUUUGAAGUCCCACCCUAUUUGUCUGAUUGUCACAGUGGAAUAAUCGAAAUGAAUAUUUGGCUUAAUAAAUAUAAAAUAUAUCUAGUGUACAUAAAACCAUGGUAGCACAAGAAGUUAGAGAUUGUCUCUCUAUGUUGUGUAUAGUCUUUAAAACACCCACAGUUCUUUUAAUACCUUCUCUUUACAGUGUUGCUGUCUUCUUUCAAAGUAGUGUGAAAAACAAUAGUUUUAAAGGAUUGAUGCAAAAAGUAAUCAGUCAUGGGGAGGCAACCCUCCAGACUGCGCCUUCCUGGAAAAAACAUUUUAGCCAACUAGCUGGAUCGGAAGCCAGAUGUGAAUCAAUACAUAAUACAUCUCUAAGAUUCAUAGCUAAUCAUUAGGAAGUUACUUGAGAUGACACGAAAACUGUAACAUAGAAAGUAUGUAGCAUUUAUUCUUAUGGUAUUAAUGCAUCUAUAGCAUCAGGGAACUGUCAAAUUUCACUCUUCCUCCACUGUUUGGAAUACCUCUGUGUAAAUUCCAGUUGAAAUAUUGUAUUCGAGACUGGGAUCAGGUCAAAAACCCUUAAAAUAUUGUCAUGGCAGGCUUGUUAGAGGGGGCAGAAACGAAGACAGGCAGUGUAAAAUGUCUCAUGUUAGAGCAAUGCAGUGCAUGUUUUCAUUGAAAACCAAUGCACGUAAUACAUCUCUAACAGUACAGAGUCUGGAACUGAAGAGCAAAUUUGGUCAAAAUAUAUUUAUCAUCCUCCUCUAUGGGCAAAUCUCACUUGCAACGAUUGCAUCCCAGCCAUAGCCUUCCAGCGAAUAUGUAACAACUUAUAUUACUUUCUUGCAAUUAAAACAUUGAAAAAAAUUCUGCUCUCCAAUACAAUUUACUUGUCUGAGAGCAAAAUUUUGUCCCAAUAUUAUGUUAAAAGUGAACUGGACACACACAUGCUCACACAGACUCUCACCCAUGUACACAGCCAGACAUUUUAACAAUCUUUUAUUCUUUUUUCCCCAUUAACAAACUCACAAUAAGAUUGUAUUUUGUCAAAUGAAAUGACUUUCCAACAGAAAUCAUGGAUAGUUUACUAAUUUUGCUACUCAAAGCAAUACAGUACAGUACAAUUUUACCUGUUUUCCUACAGGCUUUCCAAAGCUAUUCUGAAAAUGAUUCAUUUCAUCAAGUGAUAUUUUGAGCUGUAAAAUGGUUAUUUUUAAAAUAAAAAUAACACUAUAAGUUACCAGCAUUAUGUAGCAUGAAAACUAUUUAAUACAUACUAACCACUCUACAUUUUUAAAGUGGUUGCUGGCAGAGAUCAUCAUGAAAGCCAAUGAGUCAUGCAGCUAGAUCCUUUAAAAGUGUUUAAGAAAUGUAAGGAUGAGUUAUCAUUUUUUUAAUGUAUUGUUUAAUGGGAAACAUAGCAGAGAAUUAUAGGAGCCAUCUUCUGAUACAAGAUUGUCUGUCUGUCUAACUUACAGGCUAUCCUAAUUUAUGUAGUACAUGUGCUAGGUUUAUGAAUUAACAAUAUUUUAAAAUAAUUCUGAUAAGUGUGUGUCAUGAUUUCCUAAUAGGCCACCCUAAGUUAUUCAAAUACCAGCAGAAAUGAAGAGCAAUGAGCAUAUUAGCAAAUCAGCUCAGCUUAAUUGUAUCAAACUAUUUCAGGUAAAUGUAUGGUUUACAUGAUCUGAUGUUUUUACUAGAGGACACAAAUUGUGCAGCAGGAAACAUUCCACUUUGUAUUGUUGAGUUCAAAACAGAACAAUGGAAGUUAUGUGGCAAUUUCACCCUUUUUAUGGAAUCCUGAUAAGCUGCUGUUCUACUAAACCCAGAACUAUAAAUCUUUUCUUUCUGCAUUUCAGGCCAUUUAGUCAGGCCUCUCUCUAGAUAAAUGUGCUCCAUCUCAGCUGGGAAUAAUCUGAAGUCCCUUAUCCUUUUUGUGGGCCAGUCGCUAGAGUACAACAGUGAGCAAAUACACCUGUACGUAGCUAUAAAAGCAAUGAUAAAUUAGAGCAUGCUAGAUUUCAGAGUAAAUCACACAGUCUCUUACGAUGACUAUGAAACAGCUGCAUGUCACUACUCAGCGAUCUACAGUAAACCAAUAAACCUAAGUAGCCAGUGAAGUCCACAUAGCUUUAGCUGUCCUUACCAGUUUGCUAGACGAUUUAUGAAUCUAGUCUCAGAAUUCAACUGAUAUGAAACAGACUCUAGGUAUAAAUGAGCAUCUUUUACUGAUAUCCCAAUUGCACACUUAUUUUUGUCAGAGGGGGGUAUUACUUGCUAUGUUGGACUAGGGAUUUCAUGAUUAUUGCAUUAUAGAGAAGGUCUAUAUGACAAGAAUAGUUAUUUUAUUAUAUUAAGCUGUGAUUACAGCUGUAUUGCUACAUACACUAUUGCAGCAUUAGGGCAUAACCUAAUUUAUAACUUUAUUUUCUUUUUUGCAUUUUUCUUGGGCAUUCUAUGAUUCCAUUAUAAAGUCAUCAGAGCAUCUCCAGUUUAAAACCAGGAGAGUAGCCAAAAGAGGAUGUUUUUGCAAUAUCUGAGCAAAACAUAGAUUUUGAUUUUGAAAAGUUUGCAAGGAAAUUAAAAUUGCAAUUUGAUAUAUUAUAAAGCAGCCCCAAUACUUCCUGCCAUUAUGAUCAAGAAUCUGUAGUCAGGUCCAUUUUAAGAGUUUCCCUAAAUACUAAUACAUAAUAGAGUAAAACCAUUUUAAAAUGGCUAGGAUGGUAUACUGGGAGUUGUAUACAUAAAAUUUCUUUUUAAAAAAUAUUCCUGAAUAGUGAGACCUAACAGGCCACAACAGCUUUUAGUGGACCAUAGACUCACAUGGGAAGGAGUUUUAAAACACUUUCUCUAAUUCCUCUCAUAAAGGGUAUGGACUGUAAUGUUACAAAAAGGGGAACAACACUGACAGCAGUUUGCGUAUUUACAAUAUCAUAAACACUAAUUUAGCAGCUAAUAUUAAGGAUAUUAAAAUUACAUUAAUGGGCUAAUUGAAUAGUCAAUUCAAUUUGAAAUGUCUCCCCAUCUGGCCCCGGGGGGGGGGGCUGCAUGUGGCAUUUCAAAGAGGCAACACCAUGUGGAGCCCAGGGUCUGGCCCUGGGCUCCACACAGUGCUGCUGCUUUGAAGCACCACCUCCGCCCCUUGCUGCCUCUGCUUAUCAAAUAGUUGACUAGUUGUUCACAUCCCUAGCUAAUAUUUAUUUUAAAAUGCUGUUUUUAAACACUACAUUUCAAGAUCAUACCACUAAAUUGCAAAAUAUCAGAACACUUAAGGCGUAAGUCAGAAUUUUCAAGUUUGGUGUUUUUUAGUGCUCUCUGUAUAGAGCAGUGUAGUAUAGCUCACUUACCUGUAAAUUGUUUUGUUUUGCAUUGGGAAGGAGUUGGCUUGGGAAAGUCUGAAAAUGCUUCACUAAUGUAAAUUCUCUGCAGGGUCCAAUGCCCUUGUCUCGUUUCCAAGUCAAGUGAAACAACCUGACAAAUUUCUUUGGUCAGAGCGAUUUGGAAUGCAUGGCACUUCUCAAAUUUUUUCUAUUUUUUAUUUGUUUUUAAAUGUUUAAUGCUGCUCCUUCCUAUUCCAUUCAGCCGAUCUUUAGGGCCCUGAAGUAUUACAUAGCUUCUGAAAAGGAAACAGGCCAACAUGGGAUGGGGUGGUUGCAGGUGGAAUUAUACUGGCGGACCAUUACCUGGGGAUCUACACACAAUACACAUCCACUGGCCCAAAUAUUGCUUAGAGAGGAAGGCACAGCGGUCAUUGCCUAUUACUUCAGCUCAGGAUGAUCGUAGCUCUUGUGAGUGGUUAAGCAGGUGCCUAGUGCCCUACCUGCUGAUUGGGAGGAAAAUCCUCUCAAUUUCCACAUUUUUUUAUUUUUGGGUGCAAACCCCAUUUGCUCAAGCUUUAUGCUAUAAAUGUGAAAUUUAUCCUGUGCACAGAAGAUCCAGUAUGCAUUCCAAAUCCAGUAUGUAUUCCAAAUCCAGUCAAAACCAUAGGACUUGAAAUGAUUCAAGCACUUCAUACUGAGAAGUGCUUGAGGUGUCUGUCUAUAAGGGGAUGAAUAACUCCAUGUCAAAGAGACACUUUGCAUUUGCUGACAAAUAUUCAUUUUUUAGGUUAGAAGUUUAACAUCUACUAUAGCACAGAAGCUGCUACCUCUUCACUAUCCAAUGGUAAAAUUGCCGUUGCUCUUUCUUUUCCUCUCUUCUUUUUACAUUUCUCUGUGAGAAAACAUUUUAGUUGGGACAAAGUGAGAAAAUGUAUCUUAGUUGUAUCCUUCUUCCUGAAGAAAAUGUACAGUAAUGAAAUUUUAAACUCUGUAUGGUUACACUGCCACGCGGGACACUUCACCAGAGUGUUUUGUAAUGUUCUUAAAUCACCACUACCCCGGAUUUUUAUAUUGAAAUCCCAUUUUUCUAGCUUUGCUUUCCCAAUAAGUUUUGUUUCGUCUUUCUUCUCUAACAUAUGCCUUUUAAAGACCCUUUUUUAAAUAAAAUAAAAUAAAAUAAAAAUUUCUGUAAGUAAAACAAGACACUGUUCAAUAGCUCUUUAAAUGGAUUGCAUUAGGACCAAAGACAUAAUAUCUUAUUUUCUUGCUUUAAAGUAAUCAAUCAAAAUGCCAAUUGAUUACCAUUUCCACAGCUUCUUAUCUGGGGGGGAAGAUCACUGUCCCAUAAUCGUACAAAAGGAUCUGCCUGAGCCUUCCCGAAGUCAAUAAGGCUUUUCAUGAGAACAAGGAUUUGCCCACAGAUUCAAAUUGAGCCAGUGUAACUAAUGGGCCCAAAUCUGAUGCCUUUAUUCAAUUUUGACUUACAUUCUACGUGGACAAAACUCUCAUUAAAUUAGGGGGAGUUAAGGCCAAAUAGGGACUGAAAAAAAACUGAACAAAGACUUCAGAUUUGUUUCUGGGGGGGAGGGGGAAAGAGAGGCAAAUGAGUGAUUAGAUCACUUUUCAUCUGGAUAAGGUUUGUAGGCAGAUAAGACUGUCAUGUAAGCACAGUUUUGAUUACAUUAUUUCUUUAAGUAUGGGGUGUGAACUGAAAGCAUAAAAUUUUCAUGAGGCACUUCUGUCUCCCACCCACGUGUUCUUCCUGCUUUUGGAGACUGUACAUCUUUUCAGGCCACCCAUGUUUCCUUAGGCUUCUGGAUGGGAAAUUAUCAUAUUUUCCAAUUAAUGCUAAUGGGAAUUAAGGUGACUUUGAGAGAAGGAGGUAAAGCUUAGGAAUGAAUGCAUAGCAAACCUGUGAUAGUGUCAAAGUCAAAGAAAGGGAUUCUUUCAGAGCGAAUGAGAGAAUUUGGAACAUGGCUGUCAAAAACCACAAGAUGCAUUGAGCCAAACCCUGGUCACAACAGAGAGUGGCAAAAUGCCUGAAGCUGGGAUUUUGCUCUCUCUCUCUCUCUCUCUCUCUCUCUCAUCUAUCUAUCUAUCUAUCUAUCUAUCUAUCUAUCUAUCUAUCUAUCUAUCUAUCUAUCUAUCUAUCUAUCUAUCUAUCUAUCUAUCUAUAUAAAAACGUGGCCCUCACCUCAUUAUUGCCUUAGAGUAACUUACCCUCCUUAUGAACAAGCUGAAAAAUCAAAAUCCAUAGCCCUGAACCUAACCAAUAGCUUCCUGAGGGAUUUGUGAUUGCGGUACAUAUGCUUAGCUCUCCAGUGCCCCUGGAGAUUCUUCCAAAACAUCUUUCUAAUCGCUUAGAAUCUAUCUAACGCAUGGUGGUUUUGAAAAGCUAUCCGCAUUGGCCUAACUCUGCUCCUCUUCAAGGCAAUCAUUGAUUUCAGUGGAAGCAGAGUGAAGCCGAUGUUGAGUGUUUUUUAAAAUCCUUCUCACUAUGCAUAGAGAUCCAAUGGAUCCAGUGCCAGUUUUAGGUGUCUUUGAUGCAAUCAACUGGGAGUAAUGCCUUGGUUGUAAUAAACUAUCCAGCAAUAUACCCAUAUAAACAAUAUCUUUUAGCAAUGUAAAGUUAAUCAACUAUGAAAGCACUAUUUGUACAAAUAAGAAAUGCUGUCUUUUAUACAGUUUAAUGGUUUAUAUUAUUGAUCAAAGAUUGUUUGUAUAUUGAGUGAUAAAAAUAAGAUGUAUAUUAUUCUUAAUUUUUAAUUUUUGGAGAACAUUUAUUGUAAUAUACAGUAUUGUGUUUGAAGGGGAAUAAAUCAGGUUGGCUGGUUUGUAAGGCUAAUAGCCAUGGAAGAGCUAAUGUUGAGUCUUUUAUUGAAAGAUUUUGAUUUUUAAAAAGGUGCCACUAUGGGGAUUUAACCAGAGCUUUCUGAUCUUAAUAACAAGGCACCAUUCCUCUAGCACAUUCAUCCUGCCCUCGUGACCAAUGUUCACUAUUGGAGUUACAUAGCACAAUCUAAUACAACUAAGAGUUUUGGCCACCACACUCUAUGAAAUGCACAGCAAUGUCUCUCAAUUUUAUCACAAAACCAAAACCAAGUCAAAGCAAAAUCUCAAGCUCAAAUCCACAGGAUAUUUUGCAUUUGAAGACCAUGCUGUUGCCCAUUUGUGAACUAAAAAAGUCCCCGUCUGAAGCUUCCCUCUCCACCACAAUUAACAGAACAAGAAUUGUUCUGGGAUAAGGGCAGGGAAUAUGAAUACAUUAAAAUAAUCUGAAAACCCACAAAAGACUUUAGUACGUAAGGGGAAAAAUGACACUGUGAAAAAUGCCUGGAAAAAUAAAUAAAACUUACAACCUCUGACUCCAGACUAAAUAGUGGUAUGAAAAAAGGAAGUAAUGAAAUGUAGUUUUAAUACAUGAUAGAAAAGAGUUUCUCAGACUAACAGCAUGGAAGCAUGAAUGAGCAGGGUUGCAGAAGAAUGGAAACCAUAUAAGUUAGGAUCAUACCCUAUAUAGGAUAUUAAUUUAAAUGGUGGAACUCCCUGUUGAAUGAAAUGGGUGUUGCAUAGAAAGAUUAAGGGAAACACAUAGUUCUAAAUGUAAUGGAGAUGUCAAUGAGGUAUAUAGUAGGGAUAUAAGAGUGCACUACUACCUGAUAAGACUAGGCUUAUCAGGUAAUCAAGUUGACUGCUUGCAUUCUACCCCUCCUCCCCCCCGGCCCCCACUGCUGCCUCUAUAUCAGAGGAAUAAGAACAGGUGCUGGGGGGAGCUGGCUUAAAAUCUAGUUUUCCCCAGCACCGUCUCUGCAAGGCACGGAGAAGGGGAAACAGGUGCUGCGGCUCUACCUUUUAAAUGUAAUAAGAGUUGGGUGGCUUUUAUUACAUUUAAAAGGCAAAACAGCAGUGGUCUGGAGCUGGCAAAAGCCAGCACUGUGUCAGGUCCCAGAUCUACUCCCACUGUGGCUCUUCUGUUUAAAUGAAGUAGGAGCCAGGCUGCUUGCACACUUGGCUCCUAUUAUUUUUAAGCUGUAGAGCCGCAAUGGUCCCUUAUCGACUUAUCAUGUACUUAGAUAUAUAUUGUAUCGAGUACACGAUUAGUCAUUUACUCGAUACUUAACAUCCUUAGUACAUAAAAGGUAAAGAAAAUCUUACGCUUCCUCUGGAAGCAAAAUAUAUUAAGAUGAGAUAGUAAAAGGUCAAAGGAGCUGGAACUAGAUACAUGAAGUGCAAGAUCAGCCUGGAUAAGUCCCCAUUAUACUGACUUGUUAAAUAGUACUUUUUUCUUUAUAGAUGACCUUUGUACACCAAGAAAAAGCCACUACAACACCUUUCAUCCAAUCCCUUCCAUUACGUAAGCUGCAUGCUGAACCAGCUUGACUUAUUUUAUGCAGAAAAUAAUGUAGUUUUAAAAUAGCCUAUAACUGUUUCUCAGAAAUGUCUGUGUAUUAAUGCAUGAUAUUUUUAUU